AUGGCCUCCUCCGCCUUCACUUCCGAAUAUUUGCAGCUGUUCUUGGUGUUUUUCGAGUCGCUGUCCGACAACCAAUUUCUCCAGGCCCGUAUUCUGGUCAAGCCGCUUAUGACUCUCCCGGACCUCAUGCACUUCCUGGCGGCAGUGUGGCCCCUAUGGGACCACCACCGGUUCCUCCUUAUGCGGAUCCCUCUCAACGCCAGACCCUACCACGACUUCGGAGACGAGAUCGCGACCGCCCUCGAGCUGAAGAACGCCCUCGCGCUGACGACCGGGAUCGUGAUCGUCAUCGCCGUCGACGUCGUUCGGUAUCCCCACUUCCUCCUGACCCUCUGCCUGCUGGACCUUCUCCUCCGAUUCCAUUACCUCCGGGACAUUCAGUCAAGGCUCGACCGCAACUUCCUCCUCCACGCACCACAACGGCGACCACCGGCAGAUCCCGCAGUCGGCGUCGCCGCCGCGACCGUGCUGGCCGAGACCGUGAUGAUCGUGAUGAUCAUGACCGUUCCCGAGGAGCACGUGAUGUUUCCCAUCGCGAUCGUGACCGUGAUCGACAUCGGCGUGAUCUGA